CUUUCCCCUCUGCAUGCCCACCAGUUCUGUCGCGUCAGUCGCGCGUCCUUCAAUCUCCGCCCUACCUGUGUAUAAAGACCCUUUGCAUCCCCCCGCAGUGACGAGCCGGUUUUCGCAAAGUGCUCGCAGAAUCUUCGCCUCGACAGGAACAGCGACAUGUCUCACUCUUAGACUUUUCGCGUCCUCUGCGGGAUGCUCAGCCAUCAACACCAAUGGCGGGUUUCGUGGACCCAAAUCCAAACAUCACGCGACAAAGCAAUUAUACACCCUUACCACCACCAACACCUUCGAGACGAUCGCUUCCAGACGGGCCAUGCAACUAUCGCGACGCGAAUGUAGGACAAUGUGGAUGUGAUCAAUUCUGGGACAAGCUCAGUGCUGAGCUGCACGAUGAGAGCGCUGAGCACAGGCCUAGCAGUGAGCGCUCAACGUGGUGUGUUUGUGGGCACCAUGCCUGCUUCCAUUUGAGGGCAUCGCGUGCGCCAGAAAAACCUGCGCCUUUGACAAAUGCGCCGUUUCAGUCGCUUCAUGUGAGAGGUGAAGAGCGGGCCCAAUCGCUGCCACGUGCGCCGUGCGACAUGAAUGCUGGUUUGCGACAAUUGGAAGACAACCUUCUGUCCGAAGGGGGCCAGGCCAAAUACAAUGAGCGCAUGCACCAGCUGCCUAGUCCCGGUCAGCGACUCUUGCAACAGUCUACUCACACCAACUCAUUCAGUCGCUUGCUACAAAGUCAGGACACUCCUUCACAAACCAGCACGAGCGGCCUUCCUGGAAUUCCUUCAGUCUGCUUGCUAUCUCAUGAACGGCGCCCAGUGGCUAACAACGAAGCUAGGAAUGGCGCAAAUCAGUCGCGCCAAACGGUGGCGGGUCUUGGUCUUUCUAUGAUGAACCUGCAGAGCAUGGAUCGGAUUAAUCGUCAGCAGUCGCCCACACCGACAAUACCCGACGAUAUCAACAUCGUUCAUGCCCCGCGAAAGCCCUACAACGAGCCGAGUAACUCCCCAGACAGGGCUCACACGGUCCAAAAUGAAGCAAACAUUAUCAGUCCAUCGCGCGGCAUUCUUGAGCAAGUCUUCGAGUUCAACCGCAACUUCCAGCCUGACGAGCCCGGCGACACCAUACCGAAUACCUACAAUCCCGACGACUACAUACAGAGCGCUACCGAGGUGGCUACUCCAAGUGUUGGGAACACACCAGAUCUGAGUGCUGCGGAUCGGGCCGUACAGGAUGGGAAAGAUAUGAUUGAAGCAAUGAAGCGGAUAACUUCGGAAAUCCAACAGCAAUCCGCUGGCUCAUCAGAAGGACAGACAUAUGCCACGGUUCCCACUCAGCUCUUGCCAAAGAACACUCCUGCAACGCCACAGGAACAGCUGCAAACCCUCCUCCAAUCGGCUCCUGCACAAGGCCUCCAGAAGCUCGUCUCCUACCUUGCUCCUCUUCACAACCUGUUAAACUCCAUACCUAACGUAGCUAGCACUAUGCAGGAACUCGGCAGCCGCCUGGAUUUGCUGGAGAAUGGAUCCUUCAAUUAUGUCCAGCCCGAAGAUCUGAAUCAGACCUUGGAGAUGUAUGAGGGUAGGCUCAUUGAUGUGGAGCAUCGUUUAGACGAACAUGAACGGAUGCAUCAGGCAUUGGAUGACCAAUCUAGCAACAGCUCUUUUGGCAGAAGGCGCGUAGAUCAUGUUACGACAUCGUUCGGCUCCGUAGACUCGACCACUUCUUCAGCCCUUGUUCUCGCAGCCAUGGAUCGCAAGGAUACUGAGAUGGAACUUGACAACAUCAAGGACAGAUUGAAUGUGUUGGAAGCUGCAGCGCCACCCACAUCGCUGCAACCUUGGGAGGUGGAAGUCGUCCUGUUACCAUGGGGCCCUGACCUGAAAGGCAUCUGGUUCUCGCCUGAAGAACCAAUGCAUGAUGUAACCAAGACAACACAGAAUUCCGAAGAGUGGACUCAAGCCCGGACGUCCAAGGCUAUUACCAUACCAUUUCUCGGACGAGACACAGAUUCUAGCCCCCAUUCUGUAACCCGAAACUCAAAUAAAAACUCCGUGCCAGGUCAGACUGAGAACGGAUGGAGUAGCCAAGACAUCAGUAAUUGGGCUUCAGGGUCUACCGACGACUGGUUAUUCCCAAAAGCCUGUGGAAGUAACAAUCUAGUCUACAAGCGACUCCAAAGCAGGGGUUUCGUGCGGGAUGUCACAUUCAGAGGCUCUAGUGCCAAAGACAUCCAAGAGGCUUUGUCACACGCCUUUUCCGACGUGUUUGAUUAUCUGCAGUACGAUGACAGCGACGAAAAUCCUAUGAUUGCUGCGUACCCUGGUCUUCGGGCGCCGUACAUACCUUUACGAAAAUUAAUCAAAGAGUCGCGGCUACGAUUUCUUACGUCUGCUGAGAUGUCCAGUAGCGCGCUCUGGAAUGCUCAAUUCCUUUCUGCGGGCGUCAUGAUGAGAGUCUCUGGCGGAAAGAAAAGGUUAUACGUGACGGUUCGCGAAGCUUAUACACAGCAAGUCGACCGCAACGAAUUUGUCGUCAUGGAACAGUCAUGGCCGGAACUGCGACAGUUACCUCGUUGUCAACCUGACAAAGACUCACAGAUGGAAGGCAUCGACGAACAUGGCCAGCCUCAUGUUCCAGAGGCUGAUGCAAAAGAAGCAUGCUGGCAGUUCGUUGAGACAUAUGAUGCGCCGCCUGCCAGUGUACAUUCCUCUUUUGGAAGCAACCAGUCAGUUCAGUUAUCGAUGCGUCCUGCUGGACGAAAUUGGCGGAGAUCGAUUACCCCCAACUCGAUUUUGAAAAAUAAGCAACCCCAGCCCAUCUCUCCGUUGAGCGAGAACCACCCACAACGCCCACAAUACUAUCGCAAUCGCACAGUCUCUGCUUCAGUCAUCGACACCCACCCAUCCCGCUUGUCAAAGCGCCGCCUCCAUGCUUCUACCGCAGAACAAUUUUCUGCCCCACAGCCAAUUUCACAUGCACCUAGCUUUUCAAUGACGAGAUUGAAGCGACGCCGUGUUGCGAAUUCCUCCUCCCCACGGCCUGAGACAGCGCAGGUUCCAAUAUGGAAUGCGACUCCUCGUCACUCGCGAGAACCACCCUCACCAUUCUACUCAUCGCAGCCUGCCCUACCGCGAUCCAACUCAGAUGUCAUGAGCAGACCAAGUCAGCGCUCUGUUGCCGUUGCAGGAAAGUCAACGCCUUUCGCAUACGCAACGCCGCACUCGGGACCCUUUGUGGGCGGUCCUGGCUUCAAUGCUUACAACAACGGCGGCGAUACUGAACCCGAUGACGACAACGAUGACGGCGAGCAAAGCUGGCCCGGUGUCACUGACGGCGACAAUGAUAGCGCCUCGGCGCCAGAUUUUGAAAUGAGUGCAAGUUCUGCAGACGAAAGCAUUAAAUGCUUCUCAAGCGACGACGGAGAGGAUAGUGACGCGGAACUGCAUGCGUUUGCACAACGCCAGUUAGCCGAGGAUAGUGAUGCCGAAGCACAUGCGUAUGCGCAAGCGCAACGUCAGCUAGCCGAAGAAAGCGAAGAAGACGAUGUUUUUGACUCUUUGCUUAGUAUCAUUGAAGCUUAGACUCUCGUAAGCGUUACUCUUACAGGGUAUAUAAGGUCGAUUUGGGUGUGGAGUAACACCACGCAUCUCAAGCAUAGGAUUCUGGAUAUUUACGUCCAGCUAAGAGAAUAUGAAGAGCGAUGAGGCACACAUACACCAACUUGGGCGUUCUGGGUUAGACAAUUUUGUACUAUACCGCUUCCUUUGUAUCUCAAGCGAUGUUUUCAUUUCGGACCCUAGCCGACAGGGUACUUCUGUAUACUACUAAGAUUGGCAUCAGGGUAUGGUUAUACGGUUUAGCGUUCGGUGGUGUCAGCCCAUCUUCUCUCUCCCCUUAUGGUGGCUGAGUUAGGGAAUACAUAUCUCAUAUGAAAUAGUGAGAACCUCUUCUUAUUUCCUGUCAGGUGAUGCUUCGACACAUACGUACACGUAUGCCCACGCACUCACUCGUCUCCGACUACGCCCUCUUCACAAGAAUCGCAUGUUAUGACCACCCUACACUG